AUGGUGAAGUCAGUGCCCUCAUACGAGAAACCAUGUUAUGAAGCAUUUCAACUGAUCCACAAGCAGAUCCUUGAAGUCAAGAAUAAUCGUAACAAGUACAUUAAUUCCAAGCAAGUUUAUCAAAUUUAUUAUGAAUUUCUUUCUCAAUUGCAUGAGCUUUCAGUAACACGUAAGGACGAGGAGUUGAAAGGUAUCAAGUUACAAAUUCCAAAUAGCAAUGAUGUCAAAAUUGAUGAUAUCUGGCAAUUACUUAGUUUGUGCUUUGUUACUUGUGGGUUAAUCAAAUUUGCUCCUGCCACCUACAGUUCAUUAUCCACAGUUCACAAAUUGUUGGAUCAUUUGCAAGAAUGUCAAGUGUAUACUUUGGACGAUUUGAAACCUAUUCGUGUACGUUUGGACGAAAUCAGACAAAUCAUCACUCAGAGUGAAGAAAAGCAAGAAGAUGAUGAUGAUAAUGAAGGAGAUACUGCUUCUGUUUAUCAUGUUGAAGAAAGAAUGUUGCUUCGUAACAAGUUGAACAAAUGUUAUCAAUUAUACAAUCAACUUGAGGCCAAUUUCAAAAAUAUUCCUCCGGAUUUAGAAGUUACUUAUAAUGAUCUUAUCCUUUUGCGGAAACUGUUACUCAAUUACUUUACUCUGGAAGAAUCGGCGUCUGGGACGUCCCAAUCAAGACCAAAAGUUGCAACCAUUCAAAGUUUGAAUGAGUUGAAACAUAAAUUGAAAGAAAUCAAUGCCAAGAGAGAUCCUGACGAUGGUCGUUUCAUUUCUCAAGUAGCCACUCCGGACGAACUGGAAUCGAUUCAAGUGGUUUUGAAUGGGUUGUUUGAUGAUUGUCAGAAUUUGAUUCAAGAUUUGUACAUUCGUGACAAUAAUGAUGAUGUUACUGAUUUAUUCCAAGCAAUGUCUCUUAAAGAUGCUUCAAUACAAGAUGAAAAGUACAAAUCGUUUUUGGAAAAUAGUUACAAGUUGUAUCAACAAUUGAUUGAUCUUAAAUCGAAGUUGGAAAAUUUAAUGGUUACCAGAAGAUGGACCAUGAGGGAAACCGAUUUGUAUUCAUUCCAACAAUCAUUGAAAUCUAUUGAUCAGGAACGUUUACAAUUAAUCAAUGAUUUAGCAUCUCUGUCAGUUACUGAAGUAGGUGGAAAUGAACUGACCUCCAAUACUCCUUCUGUUAGUCCUCCAUUGAUUAAAAGAAUUGAGUUACUUCUUUUGUAUUUGUUAAGACGGUGUUAUUCACUCAUAUAUAAGUUGCUUGAAUCUUCUGAGCCAGUUAGUGAAUCACUUCAACCUAUUCACAAUCAAUUAUCGACUGUUAAAAGAUGUCUUUUAGAUAUUCGUCGAAUCAAUGGAUUGAAUAAUCUUCGAGAACUUUAUCCUUUCCAGAUGAAAUUGGCACUGAUAGAUGUUAAACGGAUUGAUGGAAAAUUUGAAGUUAAUGGACAAGUACCCGAAGGUCAAGGUACGUUGAAUGCUUUACUCGAAGAGUGUUAUGAUAUUGUUCAUGAAUUAAAGAUUGAGUUGGAGGAAAUGGAAGAUGAUGAUGAAAAUGAUGACGAUGACGAUGAUGAAAGAAGCAUACGCAUAGGUGGACUGGGCACACCAGUACUUCAAGCUGGACCAAGUGGAUUAGGAGGAUCAGUUGGUAAUAUAGCUUCCAAUAACAAUUCCACUGUGAAUUUCUUCCGUAAAGGAGAAUUAGGUGCUCAACUGGAUUUUGAUGAUAUUGAAACCAAACGAAAACGGUUUGCAGGUUUUAAAGAAGCAGAUUACGAUUCAGAUUCCUUUAACGAAGAUGAAGAAGAUGAUGAAGAUAGUUUUAGUAGUGAUGAGGAGUACGAAUCCAAUGAUUAUUACUGA